CGGAUAGGAGAGCAGAGAGCUGCUGCGGAGAGUGAGACUCGGUGGACGUGGCGGGGCAUGGCGGGCAGGCUGCAGUUCCCGAUAUGGCCAGGCCUGGCUAUUUGCCUUCUCCUUGGGGUGGAUGGAACCUGGCCCCAGACAGGGCAGCCUUUGGACAACAACAGCAUGGAAGGUGGCCUGCAGGAGCCAGAGGCCUUGGAAGUGAUGUUUGAGCUACUCUGGGCCGGGCUGGAGCUGGAUGUCAUGGGGCAACUGCAAAUUCAGGAUGAGGAGCUGGCAUCUACCCGUCCAGGCCGCCGACUCCGACUCCUCCUGCAGCACCGUGUGCCCAGGGAUGUGGAGGGUACUGAGCAGCGGCUGCGGCAGUUCCAACACUUGCGCAAGGGACCUCCUCUUAGUCCUUUGGAGUUUGAACAGCUGGUCCUCACAGGCCUGUCCUGCAUCUACCGGCUCCACGCAGCCGCUGAGGCUGAGGAGCGGGGUCGCUGGGCCCACGUCUUUGCCCUCCUGGCACAGGAAACACUCUGGGACUUGUGCAAGGGUUUCUGCCCCCAGGACCAGCCACCCCCACUGGGGCCCUGGGCCUGGACCCUUGACCCUUUCCCCUGA